AACACAGCCGGCUGCUCCGCUUCCAAGCGCUUUAGUCCUGAAGUCGGCUGGGAUGUCGGACGGUCUCGGGUACUGUAGGCUGAUGGUCUCGGGGUGUACUGAGUUGUGUAGGCUGAUUACGGAGGGGAUGUAUGGAGGUGUUUGGGUUAGGUGACCGCCUUUCCUUGCUCAGCUUAAACUCGGCUCGGUAGUUAGUUUAACUGCCUUAGCCAGCAGGGCUAACAGCGAAGCUAACAUCAGUUGUCAGGAUGAGUUCGUUUCCUGGUCGCAUGAAAGAGUACUCGACCAUCUCCAUCGACCGAUUUGACAAGGAAAACCUACACGCCCGAGCUUAUUUUCUGUCUCACUGCCAUAAAGAUCAUAUGAAAGGAUUAAAGGGGCCCUUGCUGAAAAGGAAGCUGAAGUUUUGUUUAACUGUCAGGUUGUACUGCUCGAUUGUCACAAAGGAGCUUCUGCUGAGUAAUCGAAAAUACGCCUUCUGGGAGGAGCACAUAGUCGCCCUUGAGUUGGACAGUCCGACGCACAUCUCGCUGAUUGAUGAAGUCACGGGGGAGUCAGAGGAUGUUGUUGUUACCUUACUUCCAGCUGGACACUGCCCUGGGUCUGUCAUGUUUCUCUUCGAGGGAGCUCAGGGCACAGUGCUGUACACUGGAGAUUUCCGACUGGCUGUUGGAGACGCAGCAAGGAUGGAGCACCUGCACUCUGGAGACAGGGUUAAAGACAUUAAGAGCGUGUAUUUGGACACUACAUUCUAUGACCCCAGGUUCUAUCAGAUCCCUAGCAGGGAGGCUUGCUUAAUUGGUAUAAAGGAGCUGAUUCAAGACUGGAUCAGUCAGAGCCCCUACCAUGUAGUUUGGCUGAACUGCAAAGCAGCAUAUGGAUAUGAAUACCUCUUCACUAACCUGGGAGAGGAGUUUGCCUCACAGGUCCAUGUGAACAGCCUGGACAUGUACAGGAAAAUGCCAGAGAUUCUGUCUUAUGUGACCACCAACCGAGCAACACAGAUCCAUGCCUGCAGGCACCCCAAGGAUGAAGAGCUUUUCAGAGCAAACAGGCUGCCAUGUGGCUGUACAUCUCCAGAUGGCACACCAUUGCGCAUCAUCAGCAUCAAGCCCUCCACUAUGUGGUUUGGGGAACGAACCAGGAAGACCAAGGUCAUUGUCAGGAUGGGUGGAAGUUCCUACAGGGCAUGUUUCUCGUUUCAUUCCUCUUACUCAGAGAUCAAAGAUUUCCUCUCCUACAUCUGUCCUGUGAAUAUUUAUCCUAAUGUGAUUCCACUGGCCAGAACAGUGGAGGAGGUCACUGAGCUAUUGAAGCCAAUGUGCAGAAAAAAUUCUGGAAGGAAUGAAGUCGUCUAUAAACCUCUUGGGAUGCUGAAACGAGCCAGAACAGAAUAUCCAUCACAAGGCGCAGAGAGUGAUGAGGAGUUUUUUGGGGAGGUUGCCGUGGCCCCUAGGAGAAAGAAGCUUGCCGUGAAUGAGGUCAUACUACAUCGUUGUUCAGAAAAAUUGGUUCCCGAGGACAUCCAAGCACAAGCUCUUCCAGAGAUAGUCCCCAUAGUCCAGACAUCUUGCUAUAUGGAUUGCACAGAGUCCAAUGAUGAUGAAGAUGAUGAAGAUGAAGAGGGGGAGCUAUUAAAUUCCAAACCCAGUGUCCUCCCUGCACGUCACUCAUCUGGUGACAACCCCCCUACUCAAUCUUGCUUGCAGUCAGACAAGCCCUGUUCAGAAAUGGUCACACCUCAUUCUCAUUCAGACCCACCCUCUCCAAAGAAGGCUCCGCCCACUUGGGCUACAUUCUUCAAAGCAGAGCCAGUUCUGACCGACGAAAGCAGUGAGCUGGACAACAGUCAGAGCAGCCAGGCUCUGUCUACUUAUCACACGACCUCGCAAUCGCCCGAACUGUUUGACGAGGAUGACGAGUCAGAGUCAGUUCACAUGACGUCUUCUCAGUCUACCCAUAUAUCAGAUGGAGGUACAGAAACCCCCAGCCAACUCGACACAGUGCCUGUUCAAGCAGAGCUCGACAGUGCCGCACAAUCUAGCAAACAAAAUAAGAUACAGACAAACCAGAAACCAGAGAAUGAUCCUCACAGGCCGAUCGAGAAAGAGCCAGCUGUCCGUAAGGACCAGUCUGAAGGUACGGACUGCACAGAAGCGAUGUCAGACUCUCAGGUGUCGUCUGACUUUGACCUGCCUCAGACUCCAGGCUCCAAAGCCCCACAUAAUGACGAGCUGAAGGAGCUGUACAAGAAGUUGGCGUCUGGAGAGGAAGUUAUCACACGCAGAGGUCAGCAGGGCUCUGUCUGUCAUCAUCAUUCCAAGAAAUAGGCAACCAUGUAUAGAAAUGUGUUCAGAAACAGAUGUCAGUGAGGAUUUAGACGCUUGCCAUUCCAAAACAAAAUUAUAGUCAUGUUUAAAGGGCCCAUAUCCCACAAUUGUGGUUUUAGGUACCAAAAACAAUCAUCACUGCCACAACAAAAACUUCGUUAUCUCCAUUUUUGUUGUUUUUCCAACGGCCAAGAAUGACUGGGGGAAAAAUGUCUGGUUCCAUUGACUUACAUUAAAAUAGCAGUAAUAUUUUUUUUUUCCUUCUCCUAGUUACCAUUUUGAAAAUACAAAGAUUUGUUCCAACAGCACUGAUAUGUAAAUGAGUUCUACUCUUAUUUGGCUGUGCAGCGUUGUGCCCCAUUAAAAAAAAUGAAGUAAAACACUCCUUAUAACUUAAAUAGGUGGGGCUAAACUGCUGCAAGCUGAAUAGGUGAAGAAAUGUCAUCAACCAAUGCAUUGGUUUUUGUGACAUCACAGAAACAGUUUGUUUCUUUAGCUUAGUUUCUGUAUGGAUUGGGGAAUGAAUGGUAUGCUUUGGCAAAUUUAAGUGUUUUCAUACUACAUCAAACUCUAAAUAAAUUUAAAAAAGGAUAUUUUUCCUUGAGAUGGGCUCUUUAAAGUUGCCACUCCAAGCCAGUUGUUUAGUCCUAGUAAAACAGGAGUAAGCACUGACAAAAGUGAUGAGACCGCAUUCUUAUGCAGCCAAAAGCAUAUUCAGUGUUAAUAUAUUUGCCUGUGUAAUUAAUGCAGUAUAUUUGGAUUAACUGACAAUAUUAGUUUUGCCAGUUUCAAACAGAACAGUGCCUUAAAGACACUUCAGAAAUGUUAUUGGAGCCAGUGAGUCACUGUUAGUGUUCCAAUUACUGUCCAGUCCUUUUCACACUUUCAUUCCAAUCUGUUUAACCUUCCAGUCAUCUAUGCUCUUAUUUUUAGAUGCUGCUGUUUGUUAAAUUGAUGGCAAAAACUCAAGUUACAGCAACAAAAUGAGUUUAAAGGAGAAUUUCAGAAUUUUUUUAAUGUUAUAAUUCAGUGGUUGAGAUGUAAACAGUCAUUCAUAUAACUGGUUUCAUAUAAAAUGCUACAUUGAGUUUUCUUUAGUGUUGGCAAUAGGAACCAGGGCUUACAGUGUCCACAGUGCAAAUAUGUACUGUCCAAAACCACCAGUGACCCUACACCUGAUUUGAGUGUUUUGUAUGUGAUGUUCCUGAUGGAAGAAAGUGGUGAGGAAGAAAAAUAUUUUUUCUUAUAGUGCUAUUUUACCUUACAAUGCUCUGCAUGUACCUUUCCACCAAGGCCAAAACCUUCUGUCAAAAUGAUCAGAAAACAACAUCUCAGCCAUCAGGCAACAUCUUCGUAACAGACGCCUGUGAGGUAGCUUUUACAGAUGUUUGAUUAUAUGCUUUAGACAUCUGGUUCCCAUCACCACCACUGUAAACAGUUGUUUCUUUAGAAUGACACAUUUCACAUCAAACCACUCUCAAUGACUGUGUGUACAUUGUAGUGAUUUCAUUCAAAACGUUAUUACUCAGUUUUAACUAUACAGUGUCGUUCAGGGGCCAGACUUAACGUUCGGGACUUCAACCAAUGCAUAUCAUUAUUUUCCCCCCGUUCUGCUGUUUCUAAUUCAACAUGAGGCAGUUGCCUUACUUGAGCUGAAAGAAAAGCACAGCCCAUUGUGUCCUCAAGAUUACUGGGUUAAAAACAUGCUAAAGUUUCUGUGAUGACCUCUGUAAACCUUUACCCUUAGAUAAUGUUUGUAUGGCACUAUUUCAGUUUACCCUACAACCAUCUUACCUCACUUGUUUAUUUUAUAUAAAGUAUAUCAUAAUUCAUUCAUUAAUUUAAAAAUAUAUAUACUUUGCUGUAAGCAAAUAUUCACUGGUCUUUUUGUACAGCUUUUCUAAUUUCAAAUAAAACUCAGGUUAUAUUAUAUACUGUAGUGAUGUUUGUAUCAGAUGUCACAACGUUACCUUGUGAGAAGCACAUUCAUACCUCCCCAACCUAUAAUGCAGCUGGAUCUGCUUGAGAAUAAUGAUAUCUCUAAACCACACGUGCAUUACCUUCCCUUUGAUGAUGGAACAUCUGUUACUUUAGAGUAACUAUCUCGGCAUAGAACUAGAGCACUAGCACAGGUAUAUAUGCAAUGCAUGCAGCAGGAAAAUGGCACGCCUCAACUGUCUGUGUGAUCACACUGACGGUCUACUUAAUAGACUUAAUACUUCUUCAAUUUAAUUUAAUUUGCCUGGUUAAAGCACCAGUACUCCAGAUUCCACUCACUAAUCCAUCCAUCAAGCUUUAAGUGAUUUUUCCGCAGACUGCAGAUUACCAGAACAUUUACAUUUACAGUUACAGCAUUUAGCAGACGCUCUUAUCCAGAGCGACUUUCUUUUUUCAGCAGUUGCUUUUUUUGACAUUUACUGGUGAAAAACACUAUUAAAAAGAUGUUUAAUGGAAAAAAAGCUUUUUAUUUAAAUGUCAGCACUGAGGGAACAGUAGCUUGUCAACAUGUGAUCAUAUGGAACAAAAGACGUUGCUACGAAGCCCACCCAUUACAGAUGUUGUGGUUUUAAAGUUACUACGGUGGCAGGAAAACAAAAAACAAAAAAAAAACUAUGAUGCUGCUGCAGCUGUUGCUAUGGUUACAGCCUCUGACCUGCCGCUGCAUUGCUCUGUACAGGUAACGUGUAGUGAGCCGUCCCUGAAAAUCAAACGUUAAAACUUUAGUGAGUGAAAACGUUGAUCAGACACUUCAAUGAUAGUAAAAUUAGCCGUAUACUAGAAUAGCGCUGCCUUUAUACAAUAGAAUAGCACAAUGGCAGUUUCUGAAUACGGGAUUUUACCUUUUCAUUGUAAGCACUGUGAGAAUGUCAUGCAUCUCCUCCUUGGGCUCCAGGUCCCUAAGAACAAUCUACAUGACACAGAGGAGGAUGAAUCAUGAGAGAUGCAUUGUGAUAGCUGUAUCAGCACAGAACGGCUUAUUUCGUAACAUAAAAUCACCGUCGGGCAGAUGUUUAGAUUUGACCGAUAUUCCAAAGUCAUUUUGAUGAUGUUUAGUGUACUCCAGAAGAGCAGAAUUUUAAGUGAUACUCCACUAAAAUGUCCACGGUUUACUCACUGUUUUUCUACAUUUGUGACACAGUAGAAAUAAAAUGUUAUUUCUCUGUUACACUAAUCCACAUACAUGCAUUUCCAAUGCAUACAUUUUCUAAAUGUAGAAUGUAUAUAAAUGUAGGUGAUGGUAGGAAUGAGUGAGACAAUCAUGGUCAUUUUGAUUCUUUGGGACCCUCGAGACACGUGAUCAUGUACAGGAUUCAACUUGCGCCAAUCAGAAUAACUUGUGCACCUGCUGUUUUUGAAUAAGGCAUGUAAUCAGUAUUACUGUAUUUUUGUGUACAAUUGUGAAAACACCGAACUGUACAAGAAAUUAAAGCUGAGAACUAAUUUCUGAAUA